AUGGAUAUUGGAAGGAGGAAUACUCGAAAAUACAGUUACAGAUGUCCCGAUCUCAUGGAAUUAAGGAAGCUAGCAUCUUUUGUGGAUGAUCCUAAGGGUUUCAGAGAUCGUUUUCGAAGACUUUUAUUUGUGCUAUCUACUGAUGCCGAGGAUGGUCUUCUCUGUACUUUGGUUCAGUUUGACGAUCCUGUCUACUGGUGUUUCACUUUCCCUGAUUAUCGGUUGUUGCCUACCAUGGAGGAGUAUGAUUAUCUUUUGGGUAUACUAGUUUCUGAUAUAGUUCCUUUUAGUGAGGUGGAAGGAAUUCUUGAAUCCCGGGUUAUUGCCGAAGCCAUUCAUCUGAGGAAGUCUGACAUAGGUGCCAAUCUCACUGUCAAAGGAGGUAUAAGAGGGUUGACUUUGAAGUUUCUAUUGGAAAAUGCCUUUUCUUUUGCUAAUGCUAAUAGUAUGAUGGCAUUCGAGACUGUUCUUGCCUUACUCAUCUAUGGUUUGGUCUUGUUUCCUAACAUUGACAACUUUGUCGAUGUUAAUUCUAUGAGGAUCUUCUUGAUUAAGAAUUCGGUUCUAACUCUGCUCGACGAUACUUAUUUCUCCAUUCAUCAUCAGACUUCUAAAGGGGGUGGAACUCUUGUCUGUUGUGUGCCUUUACUGUACAAAUGGUUUAUUUUGCACAUGCUGCAGUCUCCUAUCUUCCAAGAAAACAAGGGUUGUUUAAGGUGA